AUGCCGGCUGUAAUAAGACAGCUUGCGCGAGUUUUCCCGGUCAUCCUGUUGGUGCUAGGAAUCUGUUCAAUCGGAAUUUUCUACACACCACAACCGCCACGACCGACCACUCAUAAUGGGGUACCGGAUACAUUUCCCGCAAAGAAGUCCAAUCGGAAGCAGCUGUUUGAUGGGAAUUGGGAUUAUCAGCGAGACAGAGAUAAUCUGAUGCUCACCCAAGAUCAAUGCAACCAGGCAUUUCCCGAUCUGUACUUCGAAAUUGACCGUGCUAGAGAUGAUCGCAAAUCGCGACUGAUAAGUCUGAAGGAGCUCGAUAAUAUUCCGGCUAGAAAUGGAUAUAUCCGUGCCAUGAUAUAUGACCAGCAGCUAUAUGUCCUCGACAAACAAGGCUCUAUCUGGUCCCGCGAGCGAGCGACCCUGUCAGCUAUAAACCGAGCGAUUGUGUCAUCGCCAGAACCUCUGCCCAACAUCGAAUUCGCGUUCAACACAGACGACUCUGUGGAUGGACUUCCACUAUGGGGAUAUGCUCGCCGUGCCAAGGACAAGGCGAUAUGGCUAAUCCCAGAUUUUGGGUUCUGGUCAUGGCCUGAGACCAAAGCUGGAUCCACUCGCGAGGUGCAGGCGAAAGCCGAGUGGGCUGAAGAAGAAGGAUUGACGUGGGAAAAUAAAACCGCCAAACUUCUCUGGCGCGGAGUGCCGAAAAUGGGUCCAAAAGUCCGCGACAAGCUCAUACGGGUGACGAAAGACAAGCCCUGGGCGGAUGUCAAGGCUUUGGUGUGGGAUGAUAAGGACAGCCUGCAGAAUGACUAUAAGACUAUGCCGCAGCACUGUGAGUAUCAGUAUCUUGCUCAGACAGAGGGGAAUACAUACUCCGGUCGUUUGAAGUACCUGCAGAGCUGCAGAAGUGUCAUUGUCUCGCACAAGUUGGAUUGGAUUCAGCAUUACUAUCAUUUGAUGAAGCGGGCUGGACCCGAUCAAAACUUUGUCGAGGUGAGGCGCGACUGGUCAGAUUUGAAGGAGACCAUGGAACAUUUGUUGUCUCACGACGAAGAAGCGAAGAACAUUGCGAACAACAGUGUAAAGGUGUUUCGUGAGCGCUAUCUCACCUCUGCGGCGGAAAUGUGCUAUUGGCGUCGUUUGAUACAGGAAUGGAAGGGAGUCCUGGAUUUUGAGCCUGCAUUUUUCAAGUUAGUGGAUGGGAAAAAGGAAUGGAGAGGGAUUCCUGUGGAGAGCUUCUUGUUGAUGGGAGAGGUGAACUAUGACCCUCGAUAA